AUGGCUUCCUUCCAAGACCGUGCCCAGCACGCUAUUUCCCAGCUCGACAAGGAGCUUUCUAAGUACCCUGUCCUGAACAACAUGGAGAGACAGACCUCCGUCCCCAAGGUCUAUGUCAUCCUGGGUCUGGUCGGCGUCUACUUCUUCCUUGUCUUCUUCAACAUCGCUGGCGAGUUCCUUGUCAACGUUGCCGGUUUCGUUCUUCCUGGUUACUACUCCCUCCAGGCCCUGUUCACCUCGGGUUCCGCGGAUGAUACUCAGUGGUUAACUUACUGGGUUGUCUUUGCUUUCCUGACCACCCUCGAGAGCGCUAUCAGCGCCGCUUACUGGUUCCCCUUCUACUACAUCUUCAAGUUCGUCCUUGUGCUGUGGAUGGCUCUUCCCCAGACCAGCGGUGCCCAAGUUAUCUUCCACUCCUUCCUCCAGCCUCUGGUUGGCCGCUUCUUCUCCAGCAAUGGCACUUCCGCCAACCUCCGUGCUCAGGCCGAGGCUGCUGGCAAGACUCACUCGUCCUAA